ACUAGGUGUGCCCGCAUUUUAUUUUAGCAAAUUAGUGACAUUUUUAUAGAAAAUUGUUCCGCCUGUGAUUGUAUUUUGUAUUUGUUCAAUAAAAAAUGGGCAGUAAAUUGUUCAAUAAGCUUUUGCUGAUUGCUGGAUUUGCCAGUCUGGCUCACGCUGCUUUUUCGGCUGCGCAUCAUCGCACUUAUUUGAGGCUUACAGAGCAGGAAUGGACCGGACUUCCGUUGGACAUUAUCCUGCAAACCGUGAUCAGUUUGGUGAUCGUGAUCUACAACAUCAUCGAAGUGGUUGGCAACUUUAAGGAAAUUCGAGCCACCGUGGACAUGCAACAAAAAACUUGGGACACUUUGGGCAACUUCCCUUCGUUCUAUUCUUUUAAUCACCGUGGUCGUGCCUUAAAUCCUGGUUAUACGCCCCCGGAAUAGAAAGCGAAUAUUAUAAGUUCUGCUAUGCUUUAUUUUUAGUCUCAGCACGUUAAAAGAUAAAAAACCGUAAAUAACAACAAAUAUCAUUAAACGAGUGAAAAGGA